AUGGAUUACUUCACGAAAUGGCCAGAAGUAUACGCCAUACCAAACCAGGAGGCAUCUACUGUGGCAGGAUGCUUGGUGAACGACUUCGUCUGCCGGUACGGGGUACCCCGUGAGCUACACAGCGACCAAGGGACGAACUUCGGUUCUAUCUUGAUGAGGGAUGUUCUUCAGCGUCUGGGAGUGCAUAAGACACGGACAACCCCGCUUCACCCGCAAUCCGAUGGGAUGGUUGAGAGAUACAUCAAGACUCUCGUCGGUCAUCUCAGGAAAGUUGUCUCCACCAGCCAGCGGGAUUGGGAUAAGAAGGUGCCAGUUUUUCUGCUGGCCUACAGAUCUUCUAGCCAUGAAAAACAACUGGUGUUACCCCAGCAAGAAUUGGUCUUCGGAAGAGAACUUCGGCUACCAAGUGAUCUCAUGUUCGGCCUACCACCUGACAAGGAGAGGCCAGCGACUGACUUCGCCUCGGAACUCGUUGAUCAAUUGCACGACACUCACGAGUUUGCUCGCCAGCACCUGAAGGUCGCCAGUGACAAGAUGAAGGCUCGCUACGACCGACAAGCCAACUCAGCUGGGAUUCCAGGAGAACAACUUGGUUUUGGCUCUACAGUCCCCUGCGGAGGAAGGGAAGGUGCCCAAAGCUUCAACAGGACUGGAUUGGACCUUAUCGUGUGGUGA